AUGAAGUUGUUCUGGACAUGGAUACCUGUGCUGGGCUCUCUGAUGUUUGUGGAUAUCUUGUGGAUGUUACCAAUUGAUCAGGAUGAGUGGCUGAGUCCUGAGGACAUGGAGCUGGCUGAGGGCUACCUCAGGAUGUUCUACAAACUGAAACCCCACAGCAGCAGUGGAGGCGCACGAAGAAGGGUCAGGUCCAGUUCAGACAUGGAGGAGAAGAUCAGGGAAAUGCAAAACUUCUUUGGUCUGAAAGAGACAGGCCACCUGGAUGAAGAAACCCUGGAUAUAAUGAGGGAGCCGAGGUGUGGUGUUCCAGAUGUGGAAAACUUCAGCUUCUACCCUCGAAAGCCAAAAUGGAAGAAGCACAAUAUCACAUACAAGAUUGUACAAUACACUCCAGACAUGAAGAGAGAGGAGGUGGAAAGCAUAUUUCGUUCAGCCCUGAAGAUCUGGAGUGAUGCGGCACCACUGACGUUCACCAAAGUCAACAACGGCAAAGCUGAUAUUGACAUCUCCUUCGUCCGAAGAACGCAUGGAGAUUUCUUCCCCUUUGACGGGCCAAAGGGUGUGCUGGCCCAUGCCUUUGAGCCAGGAGAAGGGUUGGGAGGGGAUGUGCACUUUGAUGAAGAUGAAACAUGGAUGAAAGGAAAACAAAAGCAAGGAUACAACCUGUUCACCGUUGCAGCCCAUGAGUUAGGCCACUCACUGGGUUUAGCUCACUCUAAAGACCGCUCUUCUCUCAUGUACCCCAAUUACAAGUAUUUCAGCAGUGCCCAUUACACUUUACCAAAGGAUGAUGUGCUUGGGAUCCAAACACUGUAUGGUAAACGCACUAGCACCAUGGAGGCACAAAAAAACCCCACAAAGUGUGAGUCCGACUUCUCUGUCGAUGCAGCAGCCGUGAUUGGAAACGAGAUUGUUUUCUUUAAGGACAGGUACAUGUGGAUGAGAACAACCUGGAAGACCUACUGGAAUUACCUGAGAGAGGGGCCGAGCAGCACUUAUUUGCCGAGCAUUAACUCUCACGUAGAUGCAGCUUAUGACAUCCCAGCCAAAGGCGUGGCGUACAUAUUCACUGGUCGUAAGUAUUGGGUGGUUCAACAGCUUAAGAUGAACAGUCAUGCUGGCUCCAUCUAUGAGUAUGGCUUCCCCACCAAAGUCAAGCAGGUUGACGCCGCUGUGCAUGUCAGUCAAUAUGGGAAAACACUCUUCUUCACGGGAGCUUUCUAUUACAGGUAUGAUGAACACAGAAGAAGGAUGGACUCAGGCUUUCCCAGACUGAUCCAGAUGGACUGGCCAGGCGUCCUAAGAGGAGUGGAUGCUGGGUUUGAGCUGCAUGGUAGCAUCUACUUCUUCAGUGGAUCAAAAGCCUACCAGUAUGACUUGAGGCAAAACCGGAUGGUGAAUGUGAUUUCAGCGAAUGCCUGGCUGGGGUCUCCCACCACUGCUCCAGAGGUGACAAGCAGCAACAGAGCAUCAGCUUCACCAGAAGAUGAAGAACUGGCUGAGCAAUACCUUUCUCAGUUCUACACUGAUAUUGGGAUGACCAACUCCUCAACGAGAAGCAUCACCAAGUCCUCGCUCAGCGAGAGUCUAGAGGCCAUGCAGGCUUUCUUCGGCCUGGAGGUGACUGGUAUUUUGGAUAAUGAAACUGUGGAGGUGAUGAAAGCACCCAGAUGUGGUGUGUCAGACAUCAGCCGAUAUGGACACUUCCCUGGGAGACCCAAAUGGACCAAGAGGCUGAUUACCUACAGGAUCACGCAGUACACUUCAGAUCUCAGUCAGAGGCAGGUGGAUGCAACCAUUGCUCAGGCCUUCCAGCUGUACAGCGACGUCAUCCCGCUGGACUUCAAACAGAUCUACAGUGGCACGGCUGACAUCAUGAUCCUCUUCAAGGGUGGAUAUCACGGGGACUUUUACCCUUUUGAUGGACCAAAUGGUGUGUUGGCCCACGCUAACUCGCCUGGACAGGGACAAGGAGGGGAUACACACUUUGAUGAUGAUGAAACAUGGACUCUAACCCGAAGAGGUGUGAAUCUGCUGCUGGUGGCGGCUCAUGAGUUUGGCCAUGCCCUGGGCCUGGAUCACUCCCGGGACAGACGCGCCCUGAUGUUCCCCACCUAUCAGUACGUCAACACAAACGGAUACAAGCUGCCAGAUGACGACAGGCGUGGGGUUCAAGCCCUGUAUGGCAGUCGUAGGCCUGAGCCCACGGCACAACCGAAACCCAAACCACCUCCUGUGCCAGAGCCAGAGCCGGAGGAGCCAACAGAGGAUCCCGACCCUCCAACCAACCCCCGAGAUGAGCAGUGCAGCCGUGACCUGGUGUUCGAUGCCGCCACCUCUGUCAGGGGAGACCUGUACUUCUUCAAAAGCGGUUACUAUUGGAGGAAGAGUACAAAUUUCCGAGGAAUCCGUUUGACUAAAGUGAGCUCAAAAUGGCCACAGAUCAACCAGGUGGAUGCUGCCUAUGAAGUCCCAUACAAGGACCUGGUGCAUCUUUUCGAAGGUCGCCAGUACUGGGGCAUAAGAGCUUACACAAAGUCAAAAAUGGCCGGCUAUCCAAAGCCCAUCACUAACCUUGGCCUCCCCUCCUCAGUGAAUAAGGUGGAUGCAGCUGUCUAUGUGCCAAGCACGGGCAAAACACUCAUGUUUGUGAAUAAGCAGUACUGGAGCUAUGAUGAGCGCAGAAACCAAAUGGACAGUGGCUACCCGAGAAACAUCAACUGGGACUUCCCUGGCAUUGGCUCCAAAGUCGACGCAGCCUUUGAGAAUUUUGGUUACCUGUACUUCUCAAAUGGCCCACGGCAGAGUGAGUUCUACCUGCCGUACAAGAGAGUGAAUCGAGUUCUCCUCAACUAUGGCUGGCUCAACUGUUACUGA